AUGAAAGGAAAAGUUGUUCUCAUCACUGGUGCUUCAUCAGGAAUAGGGGAGCAACUGGCUUACGAAUAUGGCAGAAAAGGAGCUGCACUGGUCAUAGUUGCCAGGAGGGAGAACAAGCUACAAAAGGUUGCCGAAAGAGCUCGUGGGCUUGGAUCUCCGGAUGUUCUUCCUAUUUGUGCUAAUGUAGCCAAUGUUAAUGAAUGCAAGCGUUUUGUAGCUGAAGGCAUCAACCACUUCGGCCGAUUGGAUCAUCUGGUGAAUAAUGCGGGCGUUGUCAGUGUCUGCCCAGUUGAGGAUGCACCCGAUACUACAAAUUUUACGCCAAUAAUGGAUGUGAACUUUUGGGGUUCUGUUUAUCCAACUUACUUUGCAAUUCCUUACCUCAAAAAAACAAGGGGAAAGAUUGUUGUCAAUUCAUCGAUUAGUGCUUGGUUGCAUCCACCAACAGUGAGCUUCUACGUGGCAAGUAAAGCAGCAUUGAUAAGCUUCUAUGAGGCAAUGAGAGUUGAAUUGGCUCCUGAAAUAACGAUAUCCAUGGUGCCAAUGAUGAAUUGCAGCACUUGUGCAAAAUCCAUUGUUGAAGCUGCAUGUCAGGGACAAAGAUAUGUGAUCGAACCAAAAUGGUUUAGUGUGCUCAUCAUGCUAAAGACUUUGUGCCCCGAACUGGUUGAGUUGUAUUAUUACUACCGGACCUUUCACUCCAAGCCAUAG